AUGCAUACAGGUAAUUGGUGGUGGGAGAUGCAGGAAGUGUUUGAGAAGCAUCACCCCAAUGCUACCAUCGUCCCGAUUAUCACCUCAUCUGACAAGACCCAAGUCACACUUUUCCGUAACAAGACUGCUUACCCGGUAUAUAUGACUAUCGGAAAUCUACCAAAGUUCAUUCGACAGAAGCCAACCCGAUAUGCCCAGAUUCUCAUUGCCUAUCUUCCAACCACCAAACUCACCCACAUUAAAGUCAAGGCUAGUCGUCGCCGUGUUUUAGCAAACCUUUUUCACACAUGCAUGUCAUUUGUGCUUGAUCCACUUAUCCCUGCAGGCGACAAAGGCAUGAGGCUGGUUAGUGGUGAUGGUGCUGUUCAUCAUGGAUUUCCUCUUCAUGCUAUUUUUGUUGGAGAUUAUCCCGAACAACUUCUUGUUACUGGGCGAAAGAAUGGUGAAUGUCCUGUUGGAGACGUAAAAAGGGACGAGCUUGGAGAUUUCAACAUGCAAUGCAUUCCAUGGGACAUUGUACCCAUACGUCAUGCCUUAGCUUCCAUCGAUAAAGGUUAUGACGCUUUCUACAAGGCAUGUUCUUCAGUUGGUAUCAAGCCAAUUCAGAACAUCUUUUGGCGCCAUCACCCUUAUACAAACAUCCACAUGUGUAUCACCCCAGAUGUCCUUCACCAACUAUUCCAAGGUGUUAUCAAGCAUGUCUUUUCAUGGUUGAAGCUGGUUUUUGGCCAUGAUGAGAUAGAUGCCCGUUGUCGUCGCUUUCCCCCCAAUCACAAGAUUCGACUUUUUCUUAAUGGAAUCACACACCUAUCACGCAUCACUGGAACAGAGUAUGCUCAACUCUGUCAACUCAUCCUUGGCAUCAUUAUUGAUAUGCGACUUCCAAAUGGGCUCUCUUCUGACCGUCUCAUCCGUUCUGUACGUGCUAUUCUCGAUUUCCUAUAUCUUGCUCAGUAUCCUGUCCAUUCCGAUAAAACCCUCGACAGUCUUGAGGAUGCAUUGUGCCGAUUUCACAACAACAAGGAUAUUUUUAUAGAUCUCAACAUUCGGGAGCACUUCAAUAUCCCCAAACUCCACUACUGCCAGCAUUUCCGCAUGUUUAUUGAACAUAUUGGAACCACGGACAAUUGUAGUACGGAAUACACAGAACGUCUACAUAUCGAUAUGGCAAAGGAUGCCUAUGCAGCAACAAAUCGCAAAGACGAAUACCCUCAGAUGACAUUAUGGCUUGAAAGAAAAGAGAAAGUUGUCCACCAUGACCGAUAUAUCCAGAGGAGGCUUACCAGCAAAAAUAUCCCCUCAACUUUCGAGCUAAACACCAUGAGGCAUCCUCCAGUACUUGUUCCACACCGUGAGCUUCUCAUGUCCAAGCACCCUUCAGUCAACAGGGUUCUCUUCGGAACACUCAUUGAUGAUUAUGGUGCAAAGGACUUUGAAUACUGUUUGGGAGAGUAUAUUGCAAAGGCACAGGCACCAGAACAAGUUUUUACUACAACAACCCUUCGAAUAGCCACCCGGAGUGUGCUUACUUUUGUCCCUUUUCAUGCAGUUGCAGUAUAUCAUUGCAUCAAAUUCACUGAGCACGAUCCUUAUAGCAUUACUAAAGGGCCUGAGUCCAUAGUGGAUGCUAUUCAAGCAGAGCCAGGUCGGAAAGACAAGUAUGGCCAACCAAUACCUGGGCGAUUCGACACAGCACUUAUUAAUGUUGAUGGUGGGGUGACUAGUGGAGUAAAAGGUUAG